GCUUUUUUAUUAUUAUUAUUAUUAUUAUUAUUAUUAUUAUUAUUAUUGUGAUGCAAAGGAAGUUUUUAGAAAUGAACGGAACAUUGAGCUAAAGUUAGAUUGAAAUCCAUAUUGCAAACCUUAUAAUAUAAGACUAAUCCAACUUUGAAUGGACAAUGCAUAAAUAUUGAUUUUCAUUUUUCAACCAUAACCAUUAAUAUUACUUUGUUUCGAUAAAUGUAUUUAAAAUUGUAUAACGAUUAUUAACGCAUAUCAUAAUUCUUCUCAAAAUUCUAACAGUUAACAUACAUAAACAUUCCUUUGUUUCAUUAAAUGUAUUCUAAACGCACAAAUAUGUUAAUGCACAUCAUAAUUCUUCUCAAAACUCUUAACAUUUUAACAUACAUAAUAUUAAUUAAAAUAAAUUAUGCAUACAAAGUAAAAGUACAUUACAAAUUUUAUAAUUAUAUUCAAUAAAAUUCAGUCAAUAAAAAGUAUUUAUACACUUUAAAAACCCGGAUCAAAAUCUAAUAAAUCAUGAAUAUUCCUUUGAUUCAAUACAAUGUUUUUUGUAACACAAUACAAUGUAUUCAACCAAUUCUAAAUUGGAACAAAAUCAAUGUCCUCAUGUACAUCUCAUCUCAGACUUGUUAUAUAUAUCAAUGCAAAAGAAACAAAGAUCAUUCACACAACUUUCAAUUCUUAAAGAAAUGGCAAAUAUCCAAAGAACACAAGUUCUUGUGGUAAUGAUAAUAUCUCUACUCAUCCAAAUAUCUCUCUUACAAGCUGAAACCAUUGCUUCAGAUGUUCAUCCAAAUAUCUCUACUCUCAAAUCAAUGGUGAGGAUAACAAAUCGCCUCGGUGAUGGUUCCACAUUAAACCUCCACUGUAAGUCCUCAGACGACAAUCUCGGUCUCCAAAUUCUAGCUCCGAAUAAGUCUUGGUCAUUUACGUUUAGACCAAAUAUUUGGGGGACGACAGUAUUUUACUGUCAUUUCACAUGGCCUCGAGGACACUCAACACACUUUUAUAUAUACGAUGAUUUCAGAGAUGGUGUUCAUAGGGGUAUUCCUUGUAUCUACUGUUUCUGGGAUAUAAGCAAAGAUGGGCCAUGCAGGUUCAACGAAGCAACGGAUGCUUUUGAUAUAUGUUAUUAUUGGAACGGGGAUCCAAAACAAUAGUUUUGUCUUAUUAUUAUCAUUCGUGUGCUUUUUAACUUUUUAUUUUCUUGUGUUGCACGAUUUUUUUAAUAAAUAAUGAAUGUUUCAUAAUAGUUUGGGAAAGACAAGGAAACAAAAUACUCCAUAUGUUUCAUUUUAAUUGUCGCUCUAAGUUUAUACAUACAGAUUAAGAAAAUAUAUGAUUUUGUAUAUUUUUAAAAUAAAAACACAAUUAUCUAUACACUUAACCAUAUUUCAACCAAUAGAAAAAUAAAAUGGAGAAUAUCGUUAAUAAUUUUUGCAUUAAAACUCUAAAACAAUAUUUAUUUUAAAAUAAAAAAUUUUCCACACAACUACAAUUAAAUCUAAAUGGAGAGAAUAUAAGAUAUGAAAUAUAUCAAUUAAAUAUAAUCAUUUAGAUCAUUUCAACUUGGAUUUACGUUUAUGAGUAAUUGUGAAGAAAAACAUGUAUGGCAGUGUGUUAAACAUUAAUAGGAAAUGAAAUUGGCCAGCGAAUUGUUUGUGUAAUCUAUAUUCAAAAAAAAAAUCGUUAUAUGCUAAUUAAAUGCUUUGUAAAAAUAUAGCUUCUAUUCAAACACCAAAAUGAUGUCUAGACCAAUAUUUUUCAAAAUCACCGUAGAAAAUUUGUUUCACUUAUAAGUGAUUUAGCGCCAACGUAAACGAUUAGAUGUCAUCUUAAUCAAUUUUUAUAAUGUAUGUAAUCAAAUAAAUUAAGUUUUUUUCUAAAUUUAAAGAACUACAAUAAAAACUGUAUAAAUUAAUAAUGUUGGGACCUAUAACA